GUGACACCCUUCCCCGCGAGCCUUUCCAUGACCUGAGUUGGCUUGAUGGUCACAGACCAUCAUCAAUGCUUACUGCAGGGUGCUAAUUGCCAUCCUCAAAGAGGAAGAGCGUCAACAAUCAAUAAAGAAGACAGAGCACUGGUAGAUUUAUGGCUUUGAUUUUGAAAAGGUAUGGGAAUGCCCAGUGAUGUUUUCCCCGGCACUCCUUUUGAAUGUUAAUGCUUUCUUGAAGAUGAUUUCAGACGCACUGCUAGGAAACUGCCUCUACUCACUGAAGCAGAAUCCUCUGAAGAGUUGCUGAGGCAGAACCGAAAUCAUGGCUCGCCUCAAAGAGGCAGCUGUAUUGGUCGCUAAUGAUGCCUCGCGUGGGAAGACGGUGCUCCUUUAACUCGGGGUUUUAAUGGGAAGUUUCUAAGCCUGAAAAAACAGCUUGAGAUCUGGGGUGUGCCAUCAGCAGCUCUCGGCCACCACUGCCUACUGCUUUCCCACAGCGUGGUCGGGAAGAAUGGAAAUGAAAGAGGCUUCUAACUACCUGUAACUGUUCCACCAGGAAAUGGAUCAAGUGUUUGUUCAGCCAGACCCAGAGGAUCCAUUGAUAUCUUAGAACAUUCCACUGUAUGUUCUCCUUUGUGGUCCGAAAUACACCAGAGCUUCAGGGCCACAGUGGGACACUGGAGUGGAUGGCUGCUGGAGAAGGGGUAGCGAGAUCUGGACUGGACAGACGAUCGGAAUAAGGGUGUAGGAAGUCCUGGAGGUGAAGGAAGAGAAUGCUUUGAAAAUCACUAAGCAUUAAAAUUAGACUUUACUUCCUGAGCACACUCAAAAGGACCUGACGAAGGGAAGACACAGAUUUACUGCGUGGUGGGAAAAGCCAGUCAGGACUGAAAUACUGCCAUAACUCAAGCUCUCCAGGCUGUAGUCGCCAUGCUCUUACCGGACUGAUGAUGGAGGAAAAGGGUACCAGGAUUCCCCAUGCUCUGCCAGACCUGGACAAUGGACGGAGGUCCGCCCACCCCUUCACCCUUAGCUCCCCUCGGGAAUGUGUCAUCAGAUUCUAGCAUGUCUCUGGAGCAGAAAACGACUUUUGUUUUUGUGAUUCUGUUGUUUAUUUUCUUGGGCAUCCUCAUCGUCAGGUGCUUCCGGAUUCUUCUGGACCCGUAUCGGAGCAUGCCGACCUCAACCUGGGCUGAUGGGCUAGAAGGCCUGGAGAAAGGCCAAUUCGACCAUGCCCUGGCUUAGUGGGACAAAGAGACUCUCUUCUUGAGGAGGGGAAGAGGUCGGGCCUGGGCAAGUGUUCCCUUUAGUUAAUAUUAUGAACAAAUCAGAUUUUAACAAUAUCUGGCUCUAGGAACACAAUCUGUUAUUCCAUAAACAUAGAGUUGAAUGAAAGAUGUUUUAUUUGAGAAUGCUGGAAAUGAAAGUUUAUAUUACUAACCCAAAACAGGAAGGUUUAAAUGUCUGUGUUUAGUCAGUGAAUGAAUACUGUUGAGUGUGGGACUCUAGAAUCAAGAGCAGUGGUACUGACAUGGACUUUGCUAUGAAACAAAGCAUUACGUGACCUGGCCAGAGAAUUAAAGGUUAGAAAGGAUCUGUUCUGAAUCUGGUGACAAGACCAAGAAGAGCCUGCCUUGCUCCAGUCAUGCCUCUCCACUGUUUAUUUCAGAGACAUCUGGGUCCUGGGCAUAGUGAGGAAGAUGUUUUGAGGGGACCCAAAGUGGAUAUUUAUUUUCUCCUAAAACAGGGAGCACUGGGAAGCAAUGGGAGGCUUAGUAGAGAUGGUUCUGUCCUCGGUAAACAUGAGCAAAAAGAAUAUUUCAGUUUUCAAACAACACUGAAUUAGAAGGCUACAGAGUUUUCAGAAUUGCUUACCAGGCUUAGUGCAUUUUCUGUAUUCAUAGUAAUACCAUACGUAGAAAUAGCUACAUAUAACUUGAAUUUCUUUAUAUUAAUGAGUAAAACAGUUACAAGUACAGCUUCCAGUUGCUUUUUAUUUUUAUUAAAAGCAAAUUGUUUA